UUUUGACAUGAUAGUGAUUUUGUUUGGAAAGGAGAUACCUGUGACAUCCGGCGCUACUCGUGUGACUUUGAUACACAUAACUACUGUCUUUCAGCAUCAUCCAAACAUUAGCUUGUUGAGUAGCUUUUAGCUAUCCAAACUCUUCAUAAAAUAGAGCUUCUGGCCAAGUAAACCUAUGAGUCGUAAAAGGAACCACAGUUUCGCUGAAACGAGCCUGUCUCCCGAGCUGCACGGAGCCUUCAUGGAGCCUCCCGGGUCUGCGAGCCGAGCCGACGCAGAUUUCUUGGAGCUGGAGCCCGACGAGGAGCUGCUGUGCUCGGUCAGCGACAUCACCGAACACCUCGGCAGAAACAUCACCGUGGUGCUGGAGACCGCGCUGUCCGAGAUCCGCAAGAUGGUCAGCAUCAGGAUACGAGUGCUAAAAAUGGAGCUGCGGGAGAAAAGUGAAGAAAUUCAAGUGUUAAAGGCCAGACUAGAUACAGUCGAUAGGGAUGGUAGGGACACUGUCCCCGGUCCAACCACCAUGGAGUCUGCAGAGGCUGGCUUCAAGAAGCAUGACUGCAGCAACAAACACAGCGGUGCCGACCCCAGGAGAGCCAAAGCCCUCCUGCCCGGGGUGAAGAAGGAGAAUAUAGAUGCUAUCUGCGACUAUCUCAUGAAAGACAAGAACUCGAGGGGGUGUGCCGACAUGGACGGAGACCAGAGCAGCCAAGCCAGCAGCGACAGGGAGGCUCGCCAAGAUCCGAUCCCGCACUCCCUCCACCUGUGGCCGGACAGCGGCAUGGCUGGCUCCGGGCCCGGGACCGGAGACCCAGAGUCAGCCGCGGACGACCUGUUCAGUAUGCUCCCCUCUGGCAGCAAACGGAUGUAUGACUACGAAUGGAUUGCACCGAUGGAAUACUCUGAAGACAUAAAAGACAUGAAGGGACCCGAGUGCGAGAACCCCCCGACCGGUGAGACAGAGGAUGAAGAGGAGGAGGAGGAGCAAGACGAGUCGUCGAGGAGAGAGGCGGGGGGGCUGGAGCAGGCGCCGACCCCCCUGUCACACGUCCCGACCUCAGAGUUCUCCAUGGGGCCCCAGAGCUCCCCAGGGGAGGGAGGGAGUCCCCUGGAGGGCCACACCGACAGGCCCGUGGCAGGCCAGCAGUUCCCCGGCCACACCUUCAUCUGCUCUCUGUGUGGAACCUUCUGCCCGGAUGCUUUGUUUCUGGAGGAACACGUCAAACUGAUACACGCAGACGCCUCCGGUGCUCAGGCUCUCCAGGCUCUGCAGUCCACCUGCUCCGCAGCACCCGACAUGGGGGAGGGCGGCAACGACUCUAGGGGGGGCGGAGAGGGGCAGAAUGAGGACGGUGAGGGAGAGGGGGCCGACGCUGGGCCGGGAGGGGGCCCCGUGAAGAAGGAGAUCAAAAUCGAUGGCGGGUACGAGUGUGGGGACUGUGGGCGCCACUUCAACUACCUGGGCAACCUGCGGCAGCACCAGAGGAUCCACACCGGGGAGAAGCCAUUCAUGUGUCCCGAGUGCGGGGAGAGGUUCAGACACGCGGCGCGCUUAAAGAGCCACAGACUGGUGCACAGUGGGGCCCAGAGCCCCUUCCCCUGCCCCCAGUGCGGGAAGGGGUUCUCCGUGCUGUCCGGACUGAAGAGGCACCAGAGGGUCCACACCGGGGAGAGCCCCUACGCCUGCCCUCAGUGCGGCCGGCGCUUCAAGGAGCUGGGGAACCUGUACACCCACCAGAGGAUCCACAGCGGGGCCACGCCCUACUGCUGCCAGCAGUGUGGGCGGAGCUUCAGACACCUGGGGACCUACAAGAGCCACCGCUGCACCCCCUCGCAGUGAACCUGUCCUGAGGAACGUUUGUAAGAGAAAGGAAAUGGGGCUGACUCAGAGGCGAGGGACACUGCUGGUGACACUGAAGGAGGCGCAGGUCAAGUGGAGAACGGGUUGGUGUCCUGAGAUGACCCCCGUGUUCGGUCAUCCUCGUGACAUUUCACACUGAGUCAGGAAUCAAGAAAAGCGUCAUUGAGCUCAGUUUGACCUUGGAAGCGAAGGUUUGAGGAAACAAUGUCAACUCCACGGCACUCCUUAUCAGCAGAGGGAGUUUCCAUGGAACUGAGGACUUGUUUUUUAUGUAAGCAUAAAGUCAGCAGGUUUAUUAUUGACAUCAGAAACGUUUGAGAGGACAGAAACACUUACAGUUCCAUGGUGGAGACAAGUCAGUCAUUCUGAGCUCAGAUUGUUCUUAAAGCUGCAUCAGAGGCCAUAAGCAGUGUUUUAGCCCAUCGAUCUGUGUAUACUUGAAAUGUUACCCAAGAUGUCAUUAUCCUUAAUUAUCUUUUAACCAUUUUCUCAAGCAUAUUUCAGCUGGCUUGACAUAGGUAAUUAGUUUAAUUAAAAGGCAGAGGGUGCAAAUCGGUUCAACAUUGGAAUCUCUCUGUACCCAGGUUUCCAUCCCAUUGUAUCACACAUUUUAAGAAAAUCAUGAAAAAAAAGCCAAUUAACGCUUGUUACCAUCCACUACCAUUAUGUGCCAAAAAAGGCCAACUAUUUCACCUUAGCGAGGCCCUUUUUUGCUUUGUUUUGAGUUUCUUUUUGUUCAGAAUGUUCAGCAUUUUUACUCAUGUUAUCAUUUGUAUUUCCAACACAACCACCAAAUGUGGAAGAUGUAGAUUUAAAGGGCUCAUCAACUCUAAACUGAGGUUUUCAGGUGGUUAUAAAUGAAUGAAAACAUGAUAAUGAAUAUUAUAUUCAAUUUCUGCUAACAUAUUCCCUUAAAUCCCACACACUAGGCCUCACAUUUAAAGUAAAUCUUAACCCUAGGCUGAAUGGAUUACUUAUCUCUAACACAUUUCGGUCAUCUGGUAUUUCAUGAAUGGUUGCCUGGUAAAACAAUGAACUCAAAAGGAAAGAGACAUUACAUUUAUGAUUCAACAUCAUUUAAGAACAUUUCCCACUGAUACACAUUGUUCGAGCACAACAGGAACCAGCAUAGGAAGUAACAUUUAUCUUGAGAGACUUUGAUUUGUGAAAUGGGCUUGAAUUAAUCUGUGCCUUAAAUGGAUCUGUAGUGGGACAACAGCACCCACUUGUGGACAUACUGUGUAACUACAACAACAACUCUUACUCUUUUUUCCCCCCCAUCACACUGCUUGGUGCUAUGCAUUGAGCAAUACUUUUCUCAUAUCAUUUAUAACCAGUGUAAUGUAUGUUACAGACUCAUAUUGGUCAUGUUAUACAUUUGCCUGUAUGAAAACCAAACAUUGUGUGAUGACAGAAAAAAAAACCUUAAAGGUCCCAUGUCAUGCUUGUCCGUUUAUUACCCGUCCCCUUGUGUGUUAUGAAGGUUUUUCUGCAUGU